GAUAACUUCCUUUCAAGCUAUCUUUUUUAUUUUUAUUGUUUAUUUUAACGAAUCGUCUACCAUUUAGGCCUCCACUGCAUGUUGUAUAUAAAAGGAAGUAUUACUUGACCAGUAUAUUGUAAACAACUGACACUUUUGAUAAGACGUUCUCAAAAGAUAGGAUUUAACUAAAAAAGGCAGCAAACUUCAAAGCUUUUAAAAUUUCAUUAAGAUGAGAAAGAAGUCGCGCAAAAUAGACAUUCUUUUCGUUAUAGUCGUUCUUGCAUUGAGCGAUAUGGUUGAAACGCAAUCACUUUUGCCAUCAAUGAUUGAUCAAAGUAUUGGGAAAACGACCAUAAACGACACUGGGCGCUAUGUUUCAAACGACACAAAUUUGUAUGAGAGUUUUAUUAAUAAAAACAAAGGAUGUAGUUUAACGGUAAAUAACGUAUCCCAGGUUGUGUUUACAUACAAUAUUCUGAAACACCAGUACAAUUUCGUUUAUUUCAAACUAAAUUUUGUGAAUUUUAGUGUUAAUGCUAGACGAACAGUUUUUGCAAAAAGUAAUUGGAUUUGGACAUACGAAGGAGAAGGGGGAGCACAUCAAUAUCUCUACAUACCACAAGACUUUGGUUACAUGUCGUUCGGUUUACUUUGGGCGCAUACAUUGAAAGAAAGCAUUUCUGUUGAUAUUGAAAAGUCUGGAGAAUGUAAGAACCUCACAAUUGGCAAUAAAGACACUGACUAUCUUAUCGGACAGGCAUUGGGCAACAUGACGUCAGAAAUAGCUUCACAAUAUGAAAUAUAUAACUCUAGCCUUUGGUGUUACAAUAAACGUACAUGGAUACGCUCUAGCUUUCUGUAUGAAUUGUGCAGAAACUCAAUAUGCACAUUUCAAACAAUUGAGUACGAAUGCUGCAAAUUUACUUUUGAUUAUAUAAAAAAGACCCGUAUAAUUCAGUGUCACAAGGAACAGUAUCAUUAUGGAGCACUCUGGUGGAUCCUACCCAUUAUAGCAGGGAAUGUUUGUUUUGCCUUCUAUCCUUUGCUGUUGACACACAUAGGACUAAAAUUUAUGAAACUUUCAAAAACAGUGAAGAAGGAAAGACAUAUUUCAACGAGUUUAGUCAAUGAAACGAUCGACGACUCUUUUUCUGAAAGCAGUGAAUUAAGAAAAUCAAAUUAUGUUCAAUUGAAAUCAUCUAAUCCGGUAUCAGUAUUUUCAAUAUUAUUCAUACCAUUUUUGAGCUUCGUUUACGGUGGUGCAAAAGGCUCACGUACCCUUAGAAUUUGGAUAAUAAUUCUCCCAAUGUGUUUAACCGCAGCACAUGUUAUAUUAGAUUAUAUAUAUGCCUAUGAGUUUACCAAAUCUGCGGUACAAAAAGGAGCCCUCGUAGGAUACAGUGCACUCUUAGCUGGGGUAAGCGAAGCAAGGAAACAUUUUCUGUAUGUAUUUGGUGGUCCUGUUGUUACUUUCUCAAUCUAUAUUUUAUUUGGGUGUCUUUUGAUUGUAUUUCCCUCAAAUUUAGAAGAUUUUCUUGCUAUUGGCAUCACAAAAAGCGUCAAGAAAUUUGUAUUUUUGACCAGAAUGCCAAUUAAGCUUAAAGAAAAUUUGUCAGGAAUAAAUGUCAGGCAUCUAAAAGGAUGCAAAAAACUGCACCGACUCCUUCUAGCCCAGAUAUUUAUGUUAAUUCAUUCACGGUUUUGGAAGCAGUCAGUAAAGUUAUUCUAUUUAAGGUGGAAAAAUAUCAUCUUUUUAAUGUUGCACAACAAGUUGCAAAACUUGUUUAUUGCCAUUAUGUUAAGUGCCCUCCUGUUGCCUUUAUACAUCAUGUUCUGUGUCACUGAGUUAUUGCUAGCCGUUCUUUAUUAUCUCUUUCCAGUAGUCAACUGUUUUUUCAUUGUUUUGAAUUCUUUUUGUAUUCACUAUUAUGAGUGUUUCCAUCAUAGAGGUUUUGUAGUGAAAUGUUGUAAACAUAUUUUCUUCAUACCCAUGCUGAUCUUAUUUUCAAUUUCCUGGUAUACGUAUUGUUUGAUAUUCUUUGAUGGGUUUUGGUUUUUGUGUAGAAUUGUCAUGUUAACGUACAGUGGCAUCGUUGCGUAUCCACAAUUAUCUUAUGGAUAUCUUGUUCUUGUCUUUAUGACUUUGUUUUAUGUGGCAGAGAGUAUCAAUGCAUUUGGAGAGAGUUAUAGGGAACUUUUAAAGUUGAGCUUAAAAGCUUGCGAAAUAAUUCAACAGAAGUAUGGUGAUGAUGAUGAAAUGGAUCAAAACAAACUUAAAAGCAUACAAACUAAAUAUGGCAUUAAGAGCGACCUUUUUUAUUUGAUCAUCCGCAGAAAUUUGCCAAGAAGAAAUCAAUUAUUGAUUACGAUGUUAAAACUGACAUCGGUGAUAUUUGUGUUGAUAAUAUCUGUUCAGUUACUCGUGACAUUUGACAAGUUGAAAGAGCUAUCCCUCGUGACGCACGUGUUUACUGUUUUAUUUGUAUGUGCAUUACCGAAAAUUGUAAAAAUGAUGUGCUUUAAUAAGCACAAAGAUAUGGCUCAAAGGAAAAUGAAACAAAAAGUUUUAAUGACGAUAACGGAAUACAUAAGAAACAAAAUGGAAGUACAUUCAAGACACUCCAGUGACGAACAUUGUAGACUUGUUGUUCCAAACUCUGGAUACGAAUCGUUAUCGGACAGUACUACAGAUACUGAAUAAAAAUGUUAAUAAAAGUUAAGCUAUAUUUCAUGUUUAAAAUAUUCUUUCAAAUCAUCAUUUUUACUCUACGAAUAUUAGAAUCGAAAUAGGCUGCUUCUUAUCUAUUUGGUAAAUUAACAGUGUUAUUAUUAGUUUCACAAUGCUUUAUUCAAGUCGUUAUUAUCUUAAACAUGUGACAACCGCAUAUUUAACACUGAUUAUUUUUAUCUAUACUUGUUUAUGAACAUACCUUAAUUUUAUUAAACUCACUUUUUAGAGUCAGAUUUUUUGAACUAAGAAAGUCUUUGAGAAAGGGUUUUAGUUAUGUUAAUAUUGAAAGGCGUUUGAAUGUAUACACUAACAAAGCAUUUUUAACAUGGCUAGCAUCGUACAUGUAUAGGGGUAUGUUUCUUUUGAUAUUUUGUACAUAAAUCGGAUAUUAUUACUUAUUACUGACAUAUUAAUACAUUUCGGAAAUUUUUUUUGUAAAAUGAGCGUUAUAUGUGUUUGCCCAUUCACAAUUUUCUGAGAUAAUAAUAAUAUUAAGGGUUAAAACCCGUAUUAAGAGUUAUGAAGAAUCCUUUUUAUAAGCGAUUGACAUUGCUCUCCUUUCUUUGAAUGUUUUUUUUUCUUCUCAUUACAAUCUAUAGAGAAAAACAGCUUUUAAAUGAAACUCAUUCUUUGAUUUUGAGAAAGAAUGGAAAGUAGUCAAAUUGUAUUAUUCAGGAUGUUCCAGACUUAAUUAUACAUGUAUAUGAAUAUGUUAAGACAUUUCUAUAAAGUCUAUUUAUGAUUUGACCCUACAUUGUUGAUAUUCCUUCCAUACAUGUAUUUCAUAUUACCGUUUCUUGUCAGUAAUUGUCAGUGUUUACAAUGUAUAAUUAUAAAGUUAUAAUGAUAUUGUAAGAUGUUAGUAGAGAUGUCCUCGACCAUUCAGCAUCAAAUGACAAAUACAACAAAUAUGAUACACAUAUUGACUCAAUAUAAUGAAAUAAGCUUAAAUUGAUAACAUUGUAUCAAAUAAUGGUUUAUAAUUGAAGUUUAUAUAAGGCAAACACUGUGAGAUCAUUGGUUUCAUAUUAUAUCGUGUAAAAUAAAAGGAAAUGCAUAAUGGUAAUAUCACAGUGAUAUUAAAUGAUGUCAUCUUGUUAAAAAUAUAUAUGAAGAUGUGAUUAUCAGUUAUACAUAUGUUUAAAGCGUGUUCUGUUAUUUACAUAAAAUAAUUGAAGAUUCCAUACUGUAAUAUUUAUCACUUAUGUUAAAUGUAUAUACCUUAAUCUAUAAACGCAGUACCUAUAAAGGUAUAUUUAUAAGAUUAUAAAGAUAUAGAUAUCUCAAGUAUAUCAAUGUACGCAAGUAUAUGAAUUUUAAAUUCCCGUUGAAGAGAAGCUUGCAACGAAUAAAUGAUGUACAAGUCAUCUUUUAAGUAUAAUAACAUAAAAAAACAAACAUUUUAGCGCUUUAUAAUCUGUAAUUUUAAGAUAUGAUUUACAGACAUUGCAAAUCCCAACGAAAUUUCGUUGUUUAUUAUUAGCGUUUAUAUAUUUGUAUAGAUAGGAAUUAUGUAUAAUGGAUAUGUAAAUUAUGACGGAUGUUAUAUGUAAAAUGAAUAAAAUGUCUUUCUU